CCUGUUGUAAGUUUUUCGGUAUCGGAAGUAGAGGAUUACCUUAUAUGGAAAAUGCUUAAAAUAGCACAUGACGUAUUGCAAAGGUUACGAUCUACGCACACUUCUGGAGAAAUGACCCGGAAACUGAUGCUUUCUGUCACGGAAAGCUCACGAGAGAGAUUCGAUUCGAAUUUCUUGAGAUUGAAACUGAGAUUUAAGCUUGCUUAGAUAUCAUCGCUGACCAAACUUUAAAUCAAAAUACUACUCGCGCCUUUUUUUUGAAUAUAAUUGUGACUGAAUUAAGUUCCUAGAAUUAUUUAUCGCGUUUUCGCUUGUAUUGUGAAUCGUCAUUUGAUUUCGCGACUUUAUUUUUAAAAAAACCCAGCAGUAUUUGUCUAUAUUUUCUUUUCUGUCGAGAUGCACAUCCAGGUCGAGGAGCGUGUGUUUUCUUCCAUUGCAGAUUCAAGUGGAUGUCUUGGUAGUGCGCUUGUGGCAGGUGAUUCCAACGUACAUCGUAUCCAAGCAGCGAUUCAAAAUUGGUCCACUAUUCGAUGCCUCCCAGUAUCAGGAGCCAAGUUUGUGAAUGACAAGAAGGGAUUUGUGGCAGUUCUGCAGCUUUCAUUGAAGAAGGAGUUUUACCCAUGUGUCUAUAUUCAUCUUGGCUCCAAUGAUGUUCAAGCCAGAGAGGAUGUGUUUUAUAGGAGAGUCACUGAGGUAUGUGAUAGUAUCCACGAGACGAGUCCGGAAACUGAGAUUGUUUUAUGUUCUAUUCUGCCACGAAAAAAGAAUGACAGACGAGUAUCUUCAACAUUAGCGAGAGUCUUCAACAGAUGGAUCCAGAAUGCUAACACCAUGCUAAUGGACAUUUCAGAGGCCAUCCCAUACAUCAGAUUCCUUGGAUAUGGAGCUCAGGAAUGUGCUGAUGUGUUGGGUCGUGAUGGACUUCAUCUGAGUCGUGUUGGUGGUAGACAUUGUAGUCAGGUGAUUGAGGAGGAUGUGUAUUCCUGGAGUGAAAUAGCCUAUCAGCAGGAUGUACAUUGGAAUGAAGACAUACGCCAACCACAUUCAGCAGAGAUUGAUGCAUCAAGCUUUGACCAGUGCCUGGCAGCUGCUGUUGAACCAGUCAGUGACCAGAAUGUCCAGGCCAGCAAGCAGCCUCUGUACUCGGAAAUAGUCCGUUUGCCAGCAGCUGAAGUUCCAGAUGUUACCUCAGUGCAGCAUAAUGUGAAGUUACCAAGGCGCAAUGUAUUGAAGGUCUCUGUUAUGUUUGUUUUCAUGUCUGUUUCUUGUCUACCUUUGGUAGGGACAAGGGUUAAACAACCUGAAACCGCAAUUAAUACAAUUUUCACUAAGUAUAGAACAUAUUACCCAGAUUUAAAUGCGGUUCAAUGUGAGGUUUUAGAAAUUCCUGCACUAGAGAGGCCAUCUAAGAAGAGGAAAAGCACAGCCUCUGUGAAGGUGACAAAAGAUGUGGAGCCAUUGAGUGUUAUGCAGGAAUCAAAAAAAUCUAUGUAUGAACAAUUUUCUAUUGAUUUAAUAGAGGAUGGAAAGAUAUAUAUUCAGGUAGCUGAGGAAGACACCAUGAUAUGUUGUAUGAAUGAUUAUAAUGAUUCUGGUUCUUUAAGAAAAGAAGUGUAUGUUUAUACCACUUGGCUAAAGCAAGAAUCUGGAGACUACUUCCAUUGUACCUGCAGUAUAUAUAGAACUUUAUUUGAUAUAGCUCAUAGCCAAACUCUAAAUUAUUCAAACAGGAAUAGCUGCAUGCACUGUACAUUCCUUAAGUGUAUUGUUCUUCCAAAUCUACAGAUAGAUGAAAGGGCUACAGAAACCAAAACCCGUAAAUUUGUUCAGGAGGGAAAGCAGUGUGCUGGCAAGGAUUUGAUUGAAUUAAGUGACUUUAAUGGUACACGGAAAUUUUCAGUUUUGGCAGAAGGAGAGACUAAACCUGUUUUUUUAUCACUGAGUCACAACAAGGCCAAAGCAAAUUAUACUGUGACCUGUCACAAUGGCGAGUGUCAAUCAAAGAAGGGACACAAACGAUAUUUAAAUAACUUGAAUUCUUCCAAUCUUUGCAGACAUUUAUUUGUGCUGAAACAUAAUCCAGAAUCCUGGAUUGAUUUGCAUGAAAGAAAUGCCACUAAUGAAACUUUUUUAGAUGACCAACUACUAGAUGAUGAAACAAAUGAUGAUGCUGGUGAUGGUGAUCCUGUUGAUACUAAUGACAAUUUUGAUCCUGAAACAGGUCUAUGGAAGUAUAAGUGUGAGAGCAGCCAUCCAGCAGCAGCUAGAGAGAGUGAUAUGUUGAGGCGUAACAUCAUCAAACGUGACGGAUGGAAUGAUUUGACCUUGAGUAGGCAGGCUGAUGGUUCAUUGAAGGGUCCCAAUUUCUAUCCAGAUAUGCCAGACAAUACAUGCUGCUGUGGAUCUGGAUGGUUGAAGCGAGAUGAUGAUCCAGAUUACUCUGAAAACGGGAAAUUGAUUCCUUUAGGUCGAGUUCUUACAGUUUACACACAGUUUGCGCCUGUGCAGUGUGAUGUUUACAAAAGAGUCUGUUACAACCCGAUAGACGACAGUCGCUGUGAACUUGCAUGGAAUGAAGGCCAGAGUGAAUCAAUUCAUGUUUUUAGUAGUAAAACAGCUGCAGGUGACGAAAUAGGAUGGGAGUUUACAUCAUCAGUAAUGAAAACUGGUUGCACUUUUUCAGCAUACUGUCAGAUGAAGGAUGAACUUUACAGAACUCGUGACCCAAAGGCCAAGUUUAUGGAUGCAACAGUUUUUUUAAAAUGGUGGUUUAGUUGGGCAGCUAAUAUGAACAUUGAUUUCAGACAACCAUGUGACAUUUGUAGGUAUGAGCCUAAUAGACUGUGCUGUGAUGGAACCAGAGUAGGCGUAGGUUUCCGUCAUUCAAAUUUCACAGAAAUAAGUAAACCUGAUAGUUCUUUACAGACACAGCAAACAUUGCAUCGACGGAUGGACAGAUGUUACCUGAAGAAUAAGCCUGGAGUUGAAAAGAGACAGAUGAUCGCUUAUCGUGAAGCAUUGGAUAAUAUAGCCCGAACUACAGUUGCAGAAUUUGAACCGUUAGAUAUUCCAGAAAAUAAUGAUAGAAUUAAUUUACUUAUGCAGGCUCUACCUGAGGAGGCUCAUCAAUCAUUCCAGCGAUUUACUCGAGGGAUGUCAGAAUUUGAAAGAGUAGCUUAUGCAUCUGUCCUUAAGAUGUUGGCUACAACAGCAUCUGUGACAAGCAUUUUGUCACCAGAAUAUGCACUUUUCUUGCAGGAAUUUCUAACUAAUGAAAAUCUUUCAGAUUUUGAGUUUAACAGACAGAUGUAUGAGAUGAGAUCAUUUGCUCCAGAAAUACGGGACUUGAUCGCAGAAUCGAUGUUGAACAAUAACAACAUUCUACCUGAUGACAUUAAACUUUUUCUAGUUCAUCUUACUAAUGAGUCUCUAAACUUACCAGUUUAUGCCCCAGAGGAUGCUACUUUUCAAUUCGGAACAUACAACCCUGAGAAGCUGGGCCGGGCUUAUUACUUCAAUGAACAUGGUGUUAAACUGAGGAAUGUACGCAAAUUUCAGAUAGAUGAGGACCGAGCAGGCAGAAACAAUGACCAUGAUGAUGAAGCUAUGGACUUUGAGCGAUGCAGAAAGAUUUACUCAAAAAUACAACAAUCAGCACCCGGCACAUCUAACUUGUUUCUUUGGUUUUGUCCAGAUCACGGUCAUUGCUAUGGAUUCCACAUGACAGUGGCUGAAGGCAGAAAAGAUCCAUCAGCUUCAUUAUACUCUCAUCUAGCCAAACCUCCACAAGCAGUGUUUUAUGACUUUGCCUGUAACUUACAGGAAUAUUGCCUCAACAGAGAGAGUGGGUACUACAAGAAUGUUAGAUUUUUUCACGAUAUUUUUCAUGGUUAUUCACACAAAUGCUCUACUUCUUUUAGAAGCUCUCGACUUCAAGGAUUUGAAAGUGUGAACUCAGAAAUCUGCGAACAGUUCAACAGCUUCAUCCAGAUUCUGAAGAAAUCAGCAAGACAAAUGACACAAUCUCAUUUCUGUUUCUAUCUUCAGUUCUUUAUUCAUGAGUGGAACAGGAGAAAAAGAGUUGCUUACAAGAGGAAAAUCAGCACUGCACUAGCUGGGCUUUUAUGAAAUGUAUAACAACUUUGAUUUUCAGAGAGCUGUGCAUCAUAAAAUGAUCAAAUGAACUAUGUUUAAUUUAUAUUUCAUUCACUUCUUAUAUAUAUUUGUUUGACUUUCUCAUUUGCGUAUACUUUUGACUAGUAAUUAUCACUGCAUCUGCAAUUGUUUUCGGUUUCUGCUGUGUUUGUUAGUAUGUUUCAGUUUGAGCGAACAGACUCCAACUUUGGCUUCCAGCUUUGCUGUUGAGAAAGGUCAACAAGUUCCACCAGAAGUUCCACCAGAAAUACAUCACGUCUUUAAUGUUUGAGGCAGAUUUUCCACAGCGUCUUCAUCCAAUCUACUUGUGUCGGCAUGUGCAACUACUUAAUCUGAAGGCUUGGAGGGAAUUGUAGCUCAGUGCUUCAUCCUUUAUGUGGAUAAACAAAAGGGAACCAGAAGGAUCGAUCUAAAGACAUUCUUUUCAUAAAUCUGUUGGUGUCAAACAAUAUAAUUUUGAUUGAUCAGUCUUCUUAGUGCCUGUAGUGAACAGUAUGUAUUGUAUUAUAUGUAGUAUAAUAAUCAAUUAAGUGUUGAUAAAUGUCUUACAAUUAUCGUAUAACCCUUUAUAUCAAGUUUUGUUAUUUAAUUGUAGAACAGCAAAAGAAACAUUUGUGGAUUUUAAAAGAUAAGGCAGAGGCUAUGUUUACACUGUAAAUGUUCAACUGGUGAAUUCCAUUAUUUGUUGCAAUAUCUAGAUUUUGAUAAUGUAAGGAAUGAUUUCUGAUUAAAGUAUUACAAUAGGAAUCCAAUCUCUGUUAUGCUUAAAGAUGCACUUUUACUCCCAAAUUAGAUAUUCCACAGUUUAUAUGAUUGUUUUUUAUAUAAAAAAAUAAGAUUCUUAUGAAGGAUACAGAGUUGAAUUUGAAAGAAGGUUGCAGGAAACAUAAAGAUCAUAAUCUUUUAGCACUCAUAAUCUUUUAGCACUCACCAAUCAUUUAAUAUUUUUAAUUUUAGGAAUUAAAUACACAGUUACAAUAUUGUUAUCAGGAAUCAAUAUUUUCCAUAAAUGCAUUAUUUAGUAAGUAGUUAAAGGUUUAUCAGUCGAAAUGUAUGUUUCAUACAUGUGUAUAUUUUGAUUUUGAAUAAGAGUCACUUGAAAGAUUUAGCUAAAAAUGUUAGAAGAAGAAACUGAAAUUGCCCAAUUCUGUACAAAUAAUUAAGGUCAUACAUUCGCUUAUACACAUUUUAUCAAUGUGGAAUGUUAACUUAAAUUGUUUCUUAAGUAUGAUAUAACAAUCUAUAUUGCAUAAGUAAUUGAAGAUAUUGUUAAAUACCACUUGUAUGUGUACAUGCUGGGUACCCCUUGCACAUAAUGAAAGCUAGGUAUGAAUAAUAUACGAUUUUAAAAUAAUUGCAGUAAAAGACGGCAGUAAACUGAAUGGAAGCUGUACACACACUUAU